AUAAUGCACAUUUCAGCUGAGGUCAGUUCGACCACCUCAAAUCAAACACAGCAGCAACAGCAACAGCAACAGCAGCAACAUCAACAGCAGCCAACACAGCAGCAGCAGCAGCAGCAGCAGCAGCAGCAGCAACAGCAGCCAGCACAGCAGCAGCAACACACGGCAACAAUAACAACGACGGGCAGCACAACGAAGCGUCGCAAUGCAGAGACCAACAACAACAACAGCAGCAGCAACAAUAACAACAAUACCAACAAUAGCAAAAGCAACAACAACAGCAACAGCAAGACCGUGGAUACAAGCCCGUACCUGACGCCCGAGAAUCUGAUCGAGCGCACUGUCGACGUCCUGCUAGCCGAACAUCCUGGCGAGCUGGUCAAGACGGGCUCACCACACGUAGUCUGCACCACGUUGCCCACGCACUGGCGCUCCAAUAAAACGCUGCCAAUCGCCUUCAAGGUGCUGGCACUGGGCGAGGUCAUGGACGGCACCAUUGUCACCAUACGCGCCGGCAACGAUGAGAACUUUUGCGGCGAGCUGCGCAACUGCACCGCCGUCAUGAAGAACCAAGUGGCCAAGUUCAAUGAUCUGCGAUUCGUUGGACGCAGCGGCAGGGGCAAGAGCUUUACGCUGACAAUUGUCAUCUCAACGAAUCCCAUACAGAUCGCCACCUAUACGAAGGCCAUCAAGGUAACUGUGGAUGGGCCACGUGAGCCACGCUCCAAGGUGCGUCAUCAGGGCUUUCAUCCGUUCGCAUUUGGACCACAGCGUUUUGGCCCGGAUCCACUUAUGGCUGGAUUACCCUUUAAGUUGCCAGGAUUCGCACACCAUUUGGUUGGGAUGCACAGUCAUUUGCAUGCGCCCGAUUGGCGAGCUCAUAUGGCGCUGGGCGCACGUCCGGGCUUUCCUGCUGGCCCCUUCUUCGCGCACCACCAUGGAGCCACGUUCCCGGGCACUGCGACUAGCGGUCUGCGUGGUCUGAGCGGUAAUUAGUCAAUUAUUUCCAUCAACAAUCAGCAGCAGUUGGCGACAGUGGGCGCGGCGCAUAGCACCACCAGCCCGGAGGGUUCGCCGACGACCACGACGAGUGCCACGCUGAGCGCCUUCGUGCAGCCGCCGGCUUGCAAUGCUAGUGCGGGCAGCUCGCCGCCGCUCAUGCUCAGCAGCAUGCAGCAUCACGACAAUAACAACAACAACAGCAGCAGCAACAUCGAUGCAGGCUUCGAGAGCGACAGCAUCUCGGUGACGGGAUCGCCGCGCAAGAGCAUCAGCUCGCUGACGCACGAUGAGGAGGAACCGGAUCCGGAGGCGGGACGAAGUCGCAGUCCAACGCUGCUCAGCGCCGAUGCCAGCAGCGUGGCUACGCUUGUGGAGCCAGCACCUGGUGGUGGCGGCGGUGGCGCCUUCACUGCUCUCAUCCAGCGCAGCAAGAAUCCAAGCGAACUCUUUGGCGGCUUUGCUGCAGCGGGUGCGGGUCACUUUGCGCCAACGGCGCACAGCUUCAAUCCGGCGCUGGCGGCGCAGCUCUUCCUGCAGAGCCCGCUGCUGCCGCAGUCGAGCCAGUGGCUCUACACCCAGCUCUAUGGCAGCUAUAGCGAACUGCCUUGGCUACGUAGCGCAGCGGCCGCUGCAGCUGCUAGUUCCGCUCCACAGCAGCAACAGCAGCCGCAGCAGCAGCAGCAGCAGCAACAUGAGCCAUCAGUAUUACCAGCGGCUGGUGCUGAUGCCGACGGCGUCAAUCUCAUCAAGCGCUGCGUCACACUGAUCACGCACAAUCCGCCGGAUGCGGAGAAUGCCAAUCCGAAUGCCUCGCCGCCAGUUAGCUCGUCGCGCCGUUCGCCCUCGCCCGUGGAGACAAUCGAUCUGGACGAUGUCAGCACCACAUCGCGAUCGGCCAGCGGCUCCAGCGGCGCGGGCGGACCAAUACGCACGCGCACUCCCAAGCCGACAACGGACGUCUGGCGUCCGUACUAG